GGCCGGCGCCCGUGAUGUCACGGUCGCGGCGGGCCGCGGCGUCCCCGGGCCGGCGGUCGGAGCGGGCGGCGGGCGCCUGAGUCAUGGACUUCCCCUGGCCCCUCCUCUCCCGCCGCCCCUCCCUCUCCGGGCCCCCCCGCCGGGGCUAGGGCGGGCGCGGCGCUCGGGCCCAGGGGGUGGGGCUGCCGGGCAUGGCUGCGCCCCCGUCGGCUCCUCUGCCGUGCUCGCCUUUUUACCUGCGGGGGCAGGCGCCGGGCCCGCGCUGCCCAUGGGGCAUGGAGGAGAAGGCGGCGGCCGGCGCGGGCUGCGCGGAGCCGCCGGGCCCCCAGAGGGCCGCCGCCGUCCCGUGCUUCGGCAUCUGCGUGGACCAGGACGACAUCCUGCCCGGCGCCCUGCGCCUCAUCCAGGAGCUGCGGCCGCACUGGGAGCCCGAGCAAGUUCGGACCAAGCGCUUCACCGAUGGCAUCACCAACAAGCUGGUGGCCUGCUACGUGGAGGAGGAUAUGCGGGACUGCGUGCUGGUCCGGGUGUACGGGGAGCGCACGGAGCUGCUGGUGGACCGGGAGAAUGAGGUCCGGAACUUCCAGCUGCUGCGAGCACACGGCUGCGCCCCCAAGCUCUACUGCACCUUCCAGAACGGGCUGUGCUACGAGUACAUGCAAGGCGUGGCGCUGGGGCCCGAGCACAUCCGGGAGCCCCGGCUCUUCAGGUUAAUCGCCUUAGAAAUGGCCAAGAUUCACACGAUCCACACCAACGGCAGCCUGCCCAAGCCUACCCUCUGGCACAAGAUGCACAAUUAUUUCACACUUGUGAGGAACGAGAUCAACCCCAGCCUCUCUGCAGGUGUCCCUAAGGUGGAGGUGCUGGAGUGGGAGCUGGCCUGGCUGAAGGAGCACCUGUCCCAGCUGGACUCCCCGGUGGUGUUUUGUCACAACGACCUGCUCUGCAAGAACAUCAUCUAUGACAGCGCCAAAGGUCACGUCCGGUUCAUUGACUACGAGUAUGCUGGCUACAACUACCAAGCCUUUGACAUUGGCAACCAUUUCAAUGAGUUUGCAGGUGUGAACGAGGUGGAUUACUGCCGGUACCCGGCCCGCGAGACCCAGCUGCAGUGGCUGCACUACUACCUGCAGGCGCAGAAGGACUCGGCCGUGACCCCCAGGGAGGUGGAGCGGCUCUAUGUGCAAGUCAACAAGUUUGCCCUGGCAUCUCACUUCUUCUGGGCUCUCUGGGCCCUCAUCCAGAACCAGUACUCCACCAUCGACUUCGACUUCCUCAGGUACGCAGUGAUCCGAUUCAACCAGUACUUCAAGGUGAAGCCUCAAGUCUCGGCCUUGGAGAUGCCAAAGUGACCAGCCUCGCCCGUCUGCCUGGCCAGCUUUGCUCCCCGGGCCCCACCCCUGGACAAGGUGGGAGAGGGGACGGGGUGGGGGGGUCUGGGGAGAAGGCUCUGUCCCUGCCGCCAGCCCCCAGUGGCUGCUACUGAAGACCUCAUUCUCCUGUUGGGAGGGGCGGACAGGACCCAGCCCCCCCUCACCAGGCACAGGAGGAAGUGCCUGCAGCCAGCCGGGGCCAGACCGACCCAGCACCCCGGGGAAGCACACCCGUCCGUCCCAGCCCUCUCUGGAACCUGGGCUGCCUUAGACGCAUCUGCCCCUGCCUGGCCUGGGGCCAGGGCGCCUUACUACCUCCAGUGCCCCAGCCUCCAGCCUGUCUCCCCUUGCAUGGCCCACACCAGCAUCAGCCAGCUCUGUCCGAUGGGGGCGGGGGCCAGAACCGGGCAGCCCCCUUCUCUGAGGCCCUCAGCUCCAGUCCACCCCCUCCCCACACCCCAGCCCAAGGAACCAUGCCCCUCCCCCCGCAGGUCCCUGCUGGGGGCAGGGAGGGUGUGGUGACCAGUGCCCACGCCAGCUGCCUCCUGCCCGAGGACCUGUCGUCCUCCCCUGGGGGCAGGCUCUGAUGGUGCCCCACGGCCCCUGGCGCUCACCAGCCUCCACCUCCAGUCCUCACAGCUCCUGGGGUGCCCUCCGGGCUGUGGCCUAUAAAGUGAUUCAUUUGUAAAUUAUGGUGGUUUCUGCAUUAAAAUGCUCAUUUCUGGA